CCGCCGGCGGAGGGCGGGGUCUGCGCGGGGACUUCCCCCGGGCUGAGCAGCGCAGCGGGGUUUUGGCCAAAUUGGGCGAGGGCACAAAAUAACCACUUACCCCUUCUCACCGAGGAAGAGCGGGAGAAAGGGAAUGGCACAGUCACAAGGGUGGGUGAAAAGAUACAUCAAGGCCUUUUGUAAAGGCUUCUUUGUGGCGGUACCUGUGGCAGUGACUUUCUUGGAUCGGGUCGCCUGUGUGGCAAGAGUAGAAGGAGCAUCGAUGCAGCCUUCUUUGAAUCCUGGGGGGAGCCAGUCAUCUGAUGUGGUGCUUUUGAACCACUGGAAAGUGAGGAAUUUUGAAGUACACCGUGGUGACAUUGUAUCAUUGGUGUCUCCUAAAAAUCCAGAACAGAAGAUCAUUAAGAGAGUGAUUGCUCUUGAAGGAGAUAUUGUCAGGUAAGUAUUUACUGUUGUUUCUGAGUUCAAAUUUUAAAUAUCUAGAGUUCUGUUACCUACAUUACUUGGGAAAUACAUCUCAAGUCCACGAGGGCCAAAGUUUUGGAGACAUUCCAAAUGAGCUUGUACAUCUUUAGUGUGCAUCAUUAACCUUUCAGGUUGUAAGGAAUAUAGAUAAACUUACUGAUCAUAUUGUUAUUCUUUAAUUGUGAAGUAUAGGAUAAGUAUUAAUUUAAAUUAACCGUAUAGUCUAAAAUGAUCAUUAAAUCAUUAUUGAUCAGAUAUUAAAAGUAGCAUGAAUAUUUUAAGAUUAAGAUUAUGAUGUUAAGGUUCAUUUUAAAAAAUUCAAGAACACUUAACUAUUUUAGAAGCAAAUGCAGAAACUAAGAGGACUCUUUUGUACUCAUAGAGGUGGGAGAAAACUGAAAAGGAUAUGAAACAGAAACUUCUGAAUCAGUGACAAGAAUGAAAGCUUUAGAUUAUAAGAUUGUAACAAUCAGGUGUUUAAGCAGCCUUUAGUAAUGUCAUAUUUAUUGUACUUGCUGAUAAAUCAAGAACAAUUGUUGACAUUCAGCAAGUAAAUACUGUGUGGUAUGAUAUGUCUCAUUGUGAUCGCUUUCUUUAAACAAGUUAUAGCCAGGCCUAUACAAUGUGGUAACCAAAAUGCUUUGAAUACUACAUUCAGGAAGUUUUCUGAUCCUGUUUUCUAAAAAAAAUUUGAUCCUAAAGUAUUUGUAUUAAUGAUAGUACAUAUUAAUUAAUCUCACUGAAAUGAACCUCAAUCACUUUUAGAGCAGAUUCUAGGCCAGCAGUUCUCACAGCAUGGCUAGAGGAUCCCAGGGGAUCCCCAAGACCCUUUGGGGGGUCUAUGAGAUUAAAACUACUUUCCUAAUAAUACUAAGGUGUUACUUGCCUUUUUUCACGCUCAUUCUCUUGUGAGUGUACAGUGGAGUUUUCCAGAUGUGUAAUAUUGGAGUUGAUUGAAUGCAGGAGCAAAUAGGAGAAUCCAGCUGUUUUCUAUUAAGCCAGAAACUAAAAAGAUUUGCAAAAAUGUAAAAAAAA